AUGCACUCUUUACCCCUAAACAGUAAACACGACUUAGAUUAUCAUCAGAAUUCACAAAAAUAUAUAAAAAAAAAUGAAGAAAUUGCUUCCUUUUUAGCAUCUAACGGGACAGUCCUUGCCCGGACGAGUGGGGACGGGAUAGGCGAAUGCGGCGACAUCUUGUGGGCCCCACCACUACCGGCCAUCAUGAUCUCUUCCAGCCUACGUGAUGACAGGCUAAUUUCAAGCUUCCGGCCCAUCUUCUUCCCCAUGGGCCUAGACUGGCCCACAAACUUCCUUAUCCGGCCCAAGGCCACCGCCAACAUCGCAUCAUCCAUGUUCGCGAAACACACUCGAAACCACCCAGCCUCCGGGCACUCCAUCUCGGCCUCGAAAGUGGGCUCCCUCAGCAGGCCCCUCAGAUCCAUCCAGCAGAAAAGCCCAGCAUUCCCCUUCAGGCACCCGAUCCCCAAUUGGGCCAGGCCCAACGUUAGCACCCUCUGCCUCGCGCUCAGCCUCUUCGCGCUCUCGCACAGAAACCGGCCCACAAACUCUUCGUCUGACAGCAUAGACGCUAUGAGGCACGAUGUGGACCAGAUCGAGAUUAAUGGGCUCCUCGGUCUGUUGGGCCUGUUGGACGACUUCAGCUAUGCUGACGAAGCCCGGCUCAGAGAAGACGGUGGCGGAGUAGAUCUCAUCGCAGAUGAGUUUGUGAAUUUGAGUGACUCUGUUAGAGUGUCCCCGUCGAUUAUGGUGCCUAAGGGGUUUGAAGGGUUGUUGAGGAGGAGGCCUUUGACUUUGAUGUUUGACUCACGGGCCUUGUUGUAA